CAAUGGUGACCUCGUCACAUCAAGUAUCACUCAGCGACCUCAUGCAAAAUCAUCGUGAAUUGCUCGUAAAUCUGCUAUCAUGGACCUCACACCAUCUCAAUCUCUUAGGAUGUAGAUUUGAAGAUGCGGACCAUACCAGCAUAGAAUCCACUGGGAGGAAAGACGAAACCCGAGCCACCCCACAGACCUGCGCAGACCUAGCGAGGAAUGCUGAGCGGGUCGCACGAUCACCGAUUCCCAACGUCAGACAUCACUGCCUUGUCGACAUUCUGGUGGGCGAGGAACGCGCCUUUGCUCGAUUUCGCAAAGGGCCCCGAUUCUCGUUUGCAGGUAAACCAGUUCACCGGUCCCAGUAUACGGUACUGCAUCGCCAUGGACGAGCCAGCGAGCAUGUGCUUCGAGGCGCACCCUCAAUGGUCGGUUACCUGCAUUAUGGAUACGUCAACGGAGAUCGCAUGAGACUCUUCGAGGUAUGUCCAGAUCCGCGUGGACGCAUCAACUGGAUCGGCGCGGCGAUUGCCAAGAAGCGACUGGCUCAAAUAAGCCCCCCGGAGUGGACUGAGGACCCCUAUCUUUCGCGGCUUCUCGUGACCGGCGCAAGGGACCACGAACGUAUUCAUUUGUACGAGGCUGAGAUCACCGCUGAGCUUCGCAAGCCGCUCACUUGUCCAAAUCUUGCCACAGCGUGCAUUGAGCGUCCGGUGAUUCGACCAAGACAGAUUGCAUUCCAGCCGUAUGGCACCUUUGCCGACCGUCUUACCGCUGAGUUGGUGGCUCCUAGGGCUCAAUAUCUCGCCAAAGGCAUUGCUUCCUCAGGAAUUGAUGGCACAAAAAGAGGGCCCGAGGAAGAAAGCAGCAGUGGCUCCAAGGCGAGGCGGCUGCGUUAGCGUCUACCGCAGUAAAUGUGCUCCACAGCUUGAACUGGGUAAUCUCACACGGAGAUGCCAGGUCCUACAGGCUACG